ACCACCACCAGCACCGCGUCGGUCGACCAUGGAGCACGACCUACUCCAGCUGUUGCACCUGCCGUCCCAGGACCACCUCAUGGUCAGCUCGGGCUUCCUCGACGUCGGCGGCGGCCCCGUCCAUUUCCCGGGCAGUGAUGGCGGGUUCAUCGGCCAAGUCGACGCCUCGGCGGGCCACGACGAUUGUGGGUGGAUGGAGGACCUCCUGCAGCUCGGCGACGAGCUGUUCCGCGACAAUGCCGCCGGCACGGGCGAUCAACUGCAGCCAUGGCAGUGCGACGGCGGCUCCCCCGGCGACGAUCCACCGCCAAGCAUGUCCUUGGACGGCGAUAGGAGCCCUCCUUCGGGGGAGCAAGGCGCCGGGGAGGUCGCCUCCGAGCAGCAACGCGACGACGGCGACGUGUCAGCGGCCACGCGGAAGCGGAGGGACCGGUCCAAGACGAUCGUGUCGGAGCGGAAGCGGAGGGUCCGGAUGAAGGAGAAACUCUACGAGCUCAGGUCGCUCGUCCCAAAUAUUACAAAGAUGGACAAGGCCUCAAUCAUCGCCGACGCGGUGGAGUACGUCAAGAACCUGCAGUCGCACGCCAGGAAGCUCAAGGAGGAGGUCGCGACGCUCGAGGCGAGGCCGAGGUCGCCCAGGCAAGGGAAGAAGCAGCAGAACCGCUUUGUGGCGGCGGCUCGAAGCCACCAGGGCGCGCCACCCGCGGACGGCGACGCGGGGAGCACGGGCCGCGGCGCGCGGGUGACGCACGUGGGCGCGACGCAGGUCGGCGAGGGCAGGUUCUUCGUGACGGUGGAGUGCGAGCGGCGGGACGGCGCCGCGGCGCCGCUCUGCGCCGCCGUCGAGUCUCUGGCGUGCUUCCGGGUGGAGAGCUCCAGCCUCGGCCGGUCGGGGACGGACCGCCUCGUGUCAACGCUAACGCUCAAGGCAAGUGGUCAAGUAGGGGAUGCGACGGCGAUCCGCGAGGGCAUGGUGAAGCUUUGGGUGAUGGCGGCUCUUCUCGAGGAGGGCUUCCGACCCGAAGCGACGGUCGAGAUCUCCUGAUUCACCCAUGGAUGCUCAGGAUCCGAUUUAGUUAGUUCCCUACCUUGGUGACGUGCAAUGUAUCCUCGGCUCUUCCAAUUGCAAUUGUACGCGAUCUGUAAUAAGUAGUGAAGAUCGCAGCGACAAGUGGUAACAAGCCAUCAUGCGUGUGAUUUAGACCGUCCAUCGGCCUGACCCGACGGCACCUGUGUGCCAUGUCCUUUUGGAACGAAUGGUAAUAACAGAGCAGUAAUAACAGAGCAGUAAGGUUCGUUAGUUUGAAAUAUUAUGUUCCUUCUAGUGGCAAUUCAUCUUUUUAAAACGUGGAUGAGCUGGAUGCCACCCAAUUCCGGUCUAUUCAAACGAGGAUCAAAGGCGACUUGAAUCUCUGCUACAUUUUCAAGUUUCAACUCACUAAACAAGGUGGUACCGCAUUUGAGCGGCUAGCUUUGUUACUGUGUGUUUUUUAUACUCCUUUCGGUUGCAUACUUAUAUUUAUAU